CGAAGUUGUCCGAAGGAGGGCGGAUAUUGUCGAAGUCUUGGAAGACACAAAUUUCGUCCUUGUGGCGCACUGGACGCGUUCGCGCAGAAUGACAGAGUUGGUGAUUUUACUCUUGUGACCCCAUCUGGCAGCCUUUUGCCUGAAGCAUGCUGACUCUUCUAGCCAGAUCGAUGACCAGGGCGAGCCGCCCGCUGCUGGCACGGCCCGCGGGGGUGGCGCAGGAGUGGGCGCGGCCGCUGAUGCAGCAGCAGGAGGGGCUGCCCAAGCUGCCGGUGCCCCCCCUGCAGCAGACCUGCGAGCGCUACCUGACCGUGCUGGAGCCCCUGCUCAGCCCCGAGGAGCUGGAGCACACGCGGGACCUCCUCAACGACUUCCUCAAGUCCGGCGUCGGAGACCGCCUGCAGAAGGGCCUGGAGAGGCGUGCACGCAAGACAGAGAACUGGCUGACUGAUUGGUGGAUGCAGUCCGCCUAUCUGGACUCACGCAUGCCUGUUGCCAUGUACACCAGUCCAGGUGUGGUCUUACCCAGAGUGCAUUUCAAGGAUCGCCAAGGGCAAAUUAGGUUUGCAGCUAACUUGAUAGCUGGAGUGCUCUCCUUCAAGAAGAUGCUUGACAACGAGACGCUGCCCGUGCAGCACCUCGGGGGGAAGCCACUGUGCAUGGACCAGUACUACCACGUCCUGUCCUGCUGUCGCAUCCCCGGGCCCAAGAAGGACUCCAUCGUCAACCACGACCACCACACACACAUCACUGUGGUUCACAACUUCCAGUUCUUCAUUCUGGAUGUUUAUAAUAGCGACGGCACUCCUCUGACCGUGGAUCAGAUCUACCUUCAGCUGGAGAAGAUCUGGAACUCCUCCCUGCAGACGAACAAGGAGCCAAUCGGCAUCCUCACCUCACAGCACCGCAACACCUGGGGAAAGGCCUACAACAACCUCAUCAAAGAUAAGACUAACAAGGAGUCGGUGCGGGCGAUCGAGAAGAGCAUCUUCACCGUGUGUCUGGACGCUCCUUUGGCGAGCGUGUCUGACGAUCUCUACUACAGCCGCGCCGCCGCCCAGAUGCUGCAUGGUGGAGGCAGUCGCUGGAACUCUGGCAACCGCUGGUUUGAUAAGACCCUGCAGUUCAUCAUUGGAGAGGACGGGUCGUGUGGACUCACCUAUGAGCACGCUCCAACAGAGGGACCCCCCAUAAUGUAUCUGUUGGAUUAUGUGGUAGAGUACAUGAAGAGGACCCAGAUGGUCCGCGCUCCCAUGAUUCCACUGCCGAUGCCUCAGAAGCUGCGUUUUAACAUCACCCCGGAGAUUAAGAAGGACAUCGAGAGCGCAAAGCAGAACAUGAACAUCAUGGUUCAUGAUCUGGACGUGAGGGCCUUCAUAUUUUCUGAUUAUGGGAAAGAUGUCCCUAAAGCCAACAAGCUGAGUCCAGAUGCCUACAUCCAGAUGGCCAUGCAGCUGGCCUACUACAGAAUGUAUAAGGAGUGCUGUUCGACCUAUGAGAGCGCGUCUCUGAGGAUGUUUAGGCUGGGCCGAACAGAAACGAUACGCUCCACCACCAAUGACUCGUUCGCUUUUGUUAAAGCUAUGGACGACCCGGCCAAACAGAACUCAGAGAAAGUUUCCCUUCUGGACAAGGCCAUAACGGCCCACAGAGCCUACGCGGACAUGGCUGUUCAUGGCCAGGCCAUAGACAGGCACAUGCUGGGUCUAAAGAUGGUGGCCAUUGAGGACCUCACCUCCCUACCUGAGAUCUUCAUGGACACGGCCUGGGCUGUGGCUCAGCACUUCAACCUUUACACUAGCCAGGUGGGCUGUAAGACGGACUGUGUGAUGUGCCUGGGUCCUCUGGUGCCCGAUGGCUAUGGAGUGUGCUACAACCCAAUGGACAACCACAUCAACUUUGCCGUGACGGCCUACAACAGCUGCGAGGAGACCAACGCCUCCAAGUUCUCCCGCUCCCUGGCGGAAGCUCUGGGGGACAUGAGGAAACUGCUGGAGCAGACGCCCAGGCCCAACAUCUGAAGGCCUCGGGGGGACACAGCCAAAGAAGCUAACAGACUCCACACAUGGCCUGACGGAGAAGGGAAACACCCUCACACACACACACACACACACACACACACACACACACACACACACACACUCACACACACACACACGCAUACGUGAGGGGGGCAGCACAUUGGCACUCCUUUGUGCCUGUCGUGUUUCUGAAGUGUCCCUUAAAUGAACCAAGUCACAGGUCACGGAUUCAGGGGAGAAGGGGUCAGCAUGAGGGUCCCAGCAUGAAGGGUGACGUAACAAAGGUUUCCUUGGCGACCACCAUCUCCCCUAGUGUUCUAACCACCCGUGGCAAGUGAGUAAUGACUCCGACCAGCACCCAGAGCCAAACACUCGGCGUUUCUCAGAAGUCUGUUUGUCCCCAGAGGAGCAGUGUGGUCACAUGGAUGUGAGCUGUAAAAACACAGGACGAUCAAACUCCAGCCACUCAAGUCGUUUAUUUAAAAAGACAAAACAAAACUCCUCGUGUGUUAUGAAACAACACUCUUUGUUGUGCUUGAACAUAUUUAAAGUCUUUGUGUUUGUGUCUUAAGAAUGCUAUUUACAGUGUUUGGUUUGGAGUUUGCUGCUGUUUACCAUGUUAUGUUAACUGCAUAGUCUUUGACUAUACAGUCGACCAAGUGCUCCUAUCUAUGCCCAAACCUCCUUUAGAGGUCAUGUCAGUAUAAACCCCCUUGUGCCUUUGCUAGUUUUGUCAUAUCAGGGCUUCCAGAGUUGCUGGAUUCAGUAACUACGUUCAGUCUGAAAUAAAAAACAUUUGUAUCACUUUAAAAUAAACAUUAAAAACAAUGAAAA